AUGCCUGUUCCAUUGCCGCAAGUCCAACCGCCGAUGACGGUCAAAUGGAUCCGAAUCAUGUUGCCAGACACGAUCGAUUUGUUUAUGUUCGGGGACAGCCCUGAAAGCUUCAUUCUUGAGCAGACGUCAACCGCCGCUGUCCUUCCUCUGCCACUAAUAUCCAUUUAUGUUCAUACACCUCAUGUCAAAGACGCCGACGCCUCUACCUCUCAAUCCCGUUGCAACACCAUCCGCCAUGAAGCCUGGAGAUGCUCGCGUUGGGUCGAGCUCAUGCCCAAAGCCGAGCUGACUUAUACUGAGAAGCGGGCGGAGUAUGGCGACAACAAGGAAGACGAACGAACUGAAGUUAUGGUAAAUGUAGGAGAUGUUGAUGAUGAUGCAGCCAGAUGGUGGGCCGCUGUUUUGUCUCCUGGUGAGGGAUGGCAGGCUUACCUGACAUGGGAGGGAACAAAAUUCCUAUCACCUUGGUCGACUGCUCUGGAAACAAGGGUGAAAUUCACGCUUUCCUGCCGCAAACCCCUCUGGCAUACAUCAACUACCGCACCUUCAUUCGCCACUGCCCUUCGUUUUCUCGCGGAAUACUGCAAUCUACACAACAUUGCUGGCCAAACCCUGGCGGCACUCUCUUCAACAUUGUUUCUUCCUUUGUUGAAUACAAAAAAGAAUCCAACAUCACUCCCGAAACCCGAUACUCAUAAGAGGCAAAGGCUGAAGCCACCCGUAUCAGAGCCAACCGAGCAGAGGCCACUUGACUUUAUAUUGGAGCAGAUAGUGCCGGAGCUGGACAAACUAUUGACAUUGAGUUGCAACGCACGGGGUCUACGCUCUCUUUUGUCAAGUGUAUUCUAUGAACCUGGAAUACCUUGCAAUGUCGUGAGCCCAUGGUUGCAAUCUACAUUCGCUGUUCUUGACUCUGUCGAGGAUGACCAUCUACUUGCUCAAAUCCUGAUGAACCGAGUCCCGCAAGUUUCUUUCCUUUUGGCUUGGAGGUAUAAUUCACGGCACCCAACAAUAAAUACGCCCAUUAGAUACGAAGCUCUGAAUCUCGAAGAAGAAUCAGCCUCAGAAAAUGCUACGCGAAUUAUCUUUGGCUGGCUCCGAAUAGAUGGAUAUCCCCCACGGGAGCGAGGAAUAAGUAACCACGAGUGGAUGAAUGUUGAUGAAUCCGAUAACGAAUCACCACCCCCUAAUGAGUCACCGAGGAGCCAUGCAGCCACAACAUCAAAAGCCGUGGAAGAUUGGAUACAACAGAGCAUUCUGGUACCUGACUCAGUGGACUCUUCACAAAUUUGA